AUGGAAUUGUUUAGAUUAAAAGGAUUUUGUGAGGGUGUAAUUGGAAAAUUUAAAGAGAAAUCGGUUUCGUUCAAUGGUCCUUUAAAAACCCAAAUAUCUUCGAAGAAAGCUAAUAGCUUAUCACCUGAUAGUUCACAAAGACAAUUACAACAAACUUCUUAUCUUUGUCCGUCUGAUGUUGGUCAAAUUGUUCAAACUAGAUCUCGUUCAUCUUCUAUAUCUUCGAUAUCUUCGAUGGAUAUUUCAGAACCAUCUUCAUCUCUAAUUACACCAGCUACUCCUCCGCCAUCUUCUCCAAAAGUUAUUCCUUCAAACCCUUCUGCUAGAGAACUUUCUUCUCCUACUCCUCCAUUAUCUUCUCCAGAAUUUAUUCCUUCUAAUCCUUCUGCUAGACAAUUUUCUUCUCCAACUCCUCCAUUAUCUUCUCCAAAGGUUGAUCCUUCUAAUAAUUCUGUUAGACAAUUUUCUUCUCCAACUCCUCCAUUAUCUUCUCCAAAAGUUGAUCCUUCUAAUAAUUCUAUUAGACAAAUUUCUUCUCCAACUUCUCCAUUAUCUUCUCCAAAAGUUGAUCUUUCUAAUCAUUCUGCAAGACAAUUUUCUUCUCCAUUAUCUUCUCCAAAAAUUGAUGUUUCUAAUAAUUCUUAUAGACAAUUUUCUUCACCAACUCCUCCAUUAUCUUCUCCAAAUGUUAUUCCUUCCAAUAAUUCUUCCAGACAAUUUUCCUCGCCUAAUUCUCCUUUAUCUUCUCCAAGAAUCCUUUCUUCUAGUCCUUCUACUAGGCCUAAUUCGCCUUUAUCUUCUCCAAAAGUUGUUCCUUCUAGUCCUUCUGCUAGGCCUAAUUUGCCUUUAUCUUCUCCAAAAGUUGUUCCUUCUAGUCCUUCUGUUACGCAAUUUCCUUCUCCUCCUCUAUCCUCUCCAAAAACUAUUUCUUCUAAUUCUUCUGCUAGACCUAGUUCUCCUUUAUCUUCUCCAAAAACUAUUUAUUCUAAUUCUUCUGCUAGACCUAAUUCUCCUCUAUCUUCUCCGAAAACUAUUCCUUAUAAUCAUUCUGCUAGACCAAAUUCUCCUCUAUCUUCUCCGAAAACUAUUCCUUCUAAUUCUUCUGCUAGGCCUAAUUCACCUCUAUCUUCUCCGAAAGUUAUUUAUUCUAAUCCUUCUGCUAGAUCUAACUCUCCUUUAUCUUCUCCAAAAAUUGUUCCUUCCAAUCAGCCUGUUAGACAGUUUUCCACACCUACUUCUCCAUCAUCUUCUCCAACUGUCUUACCUCAAAUUUUUGUUGAUGAUGUUGAAUCUGAAAUUCGUCAUAAAAGGCGUCCUUUAACAAUAAAUCCUAUUGUAUUAAAAGAUAAUUUUGAUGAUGAUGAUAAUUUUUGUGCUAGCAAUAACAGUUCAUUAAUUGACUUAUCAAAACCUCCGGUAGCUCCUUUUAUGUAUGACAAUCCUAAUGAUAGUACUAAUGAAAGUGAAGAUGUUAGUUCAGACGAGGAUGAUUUAGAUGUGAAAUCCAUUAAAAAUAUAGAAUCUAGAAAGACUGAUAGCAUUAAUAGUACUAAUAGCACUAAGAAAGAAAAGGUUCUUGCUGUUGAUGAUUAUGGUUUUGUCCAUAAAGUUGCUGAUAAUGAAAUUCCUGAAGGUGCUGAUGGGAUUCAAAGAAUUGUACAAGCACCGGGUGUUGAAGAAAAAACUGCUCGCACUAUUCGUUUAUAUCGUGAUCGUGAGACAAAGUGGGUUAAUUUUGUCCAAAAUAUGGACCCUUCAAUGGCGAGAGACUCGAGAAAGAUAAAGAAAUUAGUUCGUCUCGGUAUUCCAGAGUCUAUACGUGGCAGAGCCUGGCAAUUAAUGGCUGGUGUCCAUAAAUAUCGUACAAAGGGUGUUUUUGAUGUAUUAAGAAAUAAAGAAAAAUUACCAAUAUAUGAGGAUAUUGAGAAAGACGUUGACCGAUGUUACCCUGAUCAUAUACAAUUCCGUGAAAAAGGAUUCGGACAAGAUGAUCUAUAUAAUAUAUUGAAAGCAUAUGCACAUUACGAUGAUGUUGUAGGAUAUUGUCAGGGUAUGGGACGUCUUGUUGGUAUGAUGUUAAUGCAGAUGCCUGCUGAGGAUACGUUUUGGCUUCUUGUUGCCACGAUAAAAGAAUAUAUGUGUGGUUACUUUGCUCCUGAUUUACCACAAAUUAAAAUAGAUUCUCGCAUAUUUGAGUUACUAUUGUUCGAACAUGAUCCAAAGUUGGCGCAACAUUUUAGAAAUGAGUCUAUUGAUCCAAUCCUUUAUAUUCCGAAAUGGUUCUUGACAAUAUUUACUAUGGUUUUACCAUGGGCAUCAGUUCUUCGCGUAUGGGAUAUAUUUUAUUUCGAAGUCAAGCUGUUUUUUAGAAUUGGCUUAGCGAUCCUAGAUUGUACAAAAAUUUAUAUUUUAAAACAUUGUCCGACAAAUGUAGAAAUUCUUGAAUUUUUAGGUUCAAUUCCACAUGAAUUAUUAACACCGGACUUACUUUUGGAUGCCGCUUUCAAGAUUAAACUGAAGCGUAGUGCAAUAAAAAGAUUGGCUAAGAAAGCAACAGAUAAGAAUAAUGGUGAAUCAGAUAAGAAAUUGAAGAUUGAUGGGAUUGAAUUUAAAUUAAUUGGAGAUGGUGUCUAA